AUGUCAUCCGAUGUAGCUCCUCCCUAUAACGGUUCUCCUCUCAAACAUCCCAACAACCCCUGUUGUUACGAGGAAACCUUCAGCCCAGACAGACACAAUGGUCCUGAUUGUAAUGGCCCCCAGACCGACCCCACGGAUACGGAAAUGCUUGCCGAGGCACCACAGCACGCGCAGCACAAUCCACCAAACGAAGAAUCUGAUCACCACGAGCAGGCAGCGCUCGACGAAUCGCUCUCAUGGAUCGCCAAUGCUAAUCGACAAAAGCAUGCGGGCGUCCACGCGCCGCUGGCACUGCCAGUCGUCAUACCGCAAACAGCACCGGGAAUGCAAUCUUCAUUUAGUCGCGCCUGGGCUCCGAUAUUAGCAGAACAUGACGUUCGACCCGAAGACUUUCUGCAAUUCAUGGAUCAUUUGAAUGUAUGCAAGGCCGCAUCGCCGCCUUUUCAAGUCCUCAAUCUCGCCGGGACUGUCUUGGGCUGCACCCCAAUUCCCUUUGCCGGCCUGGUCGGCCUAGGCACAUCAGUCGCCGCCGGCGCAGGCACCUACGCCACCGCCCGAAUCCGAAUCACUCGUUAUCUCGAGCAGGCGAACCAGGAGUAUUUUGCCCCAAGAGGACUGCUCGCGCGGAUCGCCAAGCAGAAUGUGCUCCCGCAGAUCGUCGGACAGCCUGAAAACGCACCAUUGCUAGCGCCACUACCUAGACAUGCGAGUAAAAGCAAUGGCUCAAUCACCCCGCCUUCUCUCCGUGACAGGAGAUUGCAAGCUUUGGGUUCGCACAUAGCACGGAUCGAAUUCUGCGACCUGCCCACUCCGCAAGAGGAACACAACAUGUUAGACAAGCUGUCCGCCAAAAUGACGGCGCGUAAGACGAAGAAGCAAGAAGAAAAGAUAGUGAAAGAUAGCAUGAAGAGUCAAGAAGAGGAGUCUAAAAAGAAGGAAAAGCUGAUGAAGGAGGAGGCGAAGAUUAGGCAAAAGAUGGAGAAGGCGAGGUUUAAAGGGAGCGGAAACGAGGCGAAGAUGGAGGGAAAAAUGAUGGAGGUGAGGGAGAAGUAUGAUGAAAAGGCUGGAGAGGGGGGAGAGAAGGAGAUGAAGGCUGCGAAGAAGUUUUUGUUUGUUGUUGUACAGAACGCGCAGGCGGCGGCUGCUGCAGACUCUUAG